UAGAUGCCUGGAGGUGCGGGGCAGGGGGAGUAGAUGCCUGGAGGUGCGGGGCAGGGCUCGCUGGCAUCUCACAUUCCUGCAGAAGAAAUCGUGAGUCACUUGACAAGAAUUAGGAAAAGUUGAGUCGGCUUUGCUUCGUCCCGGGCGGCUGUGGAAGUGCCCUGUUGUGCCCGUGGUGCCGAGGUUUGGCCAGUUGGGCUGGGCUGUGUGCUGGCUGGCCUGCCGGGGCGGGGGUCCCGAGCAGGGCUCGGGGAGGGCGGUCUGGACACCCGUACGCUCGCAGCCAGCCCAGGUGUAGUCGGCAUGUGGAAGGGCAGGACGCGCACUUGGAGUGUGAGAAUUAGCUUUCUGUAGAAGCUUCUGGGUUGUUUGUUUUUUCCUUAGGAAGUGAGUACUUCCCACUUGAGGGUGAAUGACACCCUCAGCUUUAGUUGGGCGUGAGUUUAUACUUUUUUUCUGACAUUCUGAAAAAGGAAAUACUUAAUGUGUUUAUAUAAUACAUUUAUUUGAUACAUUAUAUAAUGCUUCGAAUGGUGUCUUCGAAAUAUUCUAAGGGAGAAUUCGAGGCGAAAUGGAAACGUUUGCCAGUGCGGUUGUCGGUGAUGCACUCUAUGUACUUGUGUGCACGUUGAUUUGGAAGGUGGCAGAUUGACUCAGAUCUACCUUUUGUUUCCUUGUACUGAGCGUGGAGAGGGACACGUGGAUCAUGAAGGUAGAACGUGUGAGCAGAAGUAGACGGGUGCUUCCCUACGUCAGAGAUUUGAAAGUGGGAAUUAGAAUUGGUGAAAUAUGUGGAUGAAACAGGAUUUGAAAGAUUGACCUUCAGUGCUGAGGAUUUAAGUGUCUACAUGUCGGGUGGUUAGUGAUACCGCCAGUGCAAACACGUUUUCUUGGGUUCUUGUCCACUGGUUUACACACAUUUACAGUUCUCAGUGUAUUACAGCUUUAGAGAGGUACUUCGUGUGAAGGAAAGGUACUGUGUGUGAACAGCAACAUUCUAGCUGUAACUUUCACUUUUGUUGCAAAUUGUUAAACUAUUAGAAACUGUUUAGGAGAAAGCCUGAAUCCACCUCCUAUGCCUCCCAGGACCUUUUAGUGCUUCACCUGGCCUCAGCUCCUCACUUUGAGAAAAUAGGAUGGAGGAGAGAGCCCAUGUAUUAUAUUGAAAUAUAGCUACCAAAAUAUUGAGCCAAGGUGAUGCUCAUGCUGCUUAUGUGCCCUUUGUGAGCUCACUUAGUAACAGGUCAGGUUCGGGGUUAGGGAUUCCUUUUGGCGCUGUGACCAGCGUAACUGACAGUUUCGAGAUUUCUGUAGCAACUCUAUUGCUUUGUGAAAGUAUCUGUAGUUUCUCGAUGAAAGUCACAGGUAGUGCUGCAACUCCGGGAUUUCGUGUCUUCAUGAUUGAAUGGGUGCUAAGUUUCAGCUGGAGGUUAUUGCAAGUAAAGGUGUGGUGUGUGUUCUCAUUCAGCUUCAUGGAGACCAAGGUCAGAACCUGUGCGUUAGAAGUCCGGGUACUCUCCACCAUCCGUUAGUAGACAUAUGUAUCUGCCCUUGUUUUCCUUCCUCGGAUGGUCGAACCGGUGGCUAGGGGGUGAGAGAAUAAAAGCAGGGCAGACAGGGAACCCACAGCUUAGCAGUCUGGGGUCAUUGUCGGGGCUGAGGGAGCUGCAGCAGCCACGUGGGGGAGUGCCCCGUCUUACGCCACAACCAGGUCAGUUACCGUUUUGUCGUGGACGGUGGAAAUACAUUGUGGAAAGAGUUCAGUCUGGAAAUGGUUAGGAUCAGCAUUGAAGAGCCGGCUGCAGGGCCUGUCCAAUGAGGUUACACCUGCCAUACCACCAGCUGCCCCUUGUUUUAGUUACUGUUUCUGGAAAGUUCAUUCACAGAAGGCUGUGUGAUACCACAGCAAACGUGCUGUCUGACAAGGUCGUUUGAAACCAGUGGCUUGGAAGCGCUGUGGUUCUGAGGGAGCCUGGGGGGCGGGGCGGGGUUAGAGAGAGGAGGCGGCGAGGGGACGGAGCAGAUUCUUAGUUUUAUCUAGGAUUCCUUAGGGGAAAAGCUCUAGUGUUUUCAAAAUCUUCAAAACAACUGAACUACCAGGUUGCAAGACCAGGAGUUUGUGAGUAAAAUUUUGGAUUCAUUUUCUUGUGUUGAGUCUUCCUUUAAAUGAUAGGACACAGUCAUCCUGACAGGUCGGCGACCAGGUCCUGCCUCCUCUCCAGGUUGGGUAAGCCGCUCAGCGUGGAUGGUUGCUGCUCCUGUCUGGGGGAGACCAUUUCCGCUUGGGGUGACCUCCACCACCCAAAGGCAUGUGUUCCUUUGUGCAGUCUCUAGCCGAAUGCAGCCGUCCAUGGGCUGCUAGGGCUGUGGGGCACAUUCCCUGGAACCGCUUUUAUCGUCUGCCAUCUGUGACUGACACGUACAGAAUAAUUAGCUGGUUUUGUCAGGUCUCAAGGUGGCCGGGAGCAGGCUAACUUCCAGUCCAGGGGCUGAAGGUUACACAGGAAUAGGGAAAGUAGGAGUCUAGUGGGAUCCCAGGGACCACUAGUGCUGGGCUUUGGGGCCCACAGAACUCCUUUGAGCUCUGGCCGGAGUCUGGGCCCUCCUGGUUCAGCUGGACUGUUGCUCUCCGCUGGCUGCUUGCUCUGCACCCUGUUGAUUGCGUGUUCUCUCUUCCCCGCAGCUUGGGGCCCAGAACUGCCGCCUCAUUCUCUUCCUGUUUCCCAGCGUGCACCCCAGAGAGAGUGACUGAGCUCUUUCCCUCCACGCACCUCCCAGGCGCUGACCCCUGGGCUAGGUGCUGCCCUAGGGAGGGGCGGGCUCCUGCCUUCCACACAACCACCCUUUUUCACCCGGGCCUCCGGUAGGGUCGGGUCACUCAGAAGGGACUAUGGAUUGGGAGGUACUGUGAUGCAGGUUCCAGCCAGAACAGUGUUGAUCAGACUUUUUAAAAAACAAUGCUUCAUGAAAGCUUGACACCAUUUGCUUUUGACUCAAGAUGAUGUGAUGUUCUAUUAUAAAACUCGUUAACCAUGAUGGCUACACAGACAUUAAGCAUAGACAGCUAUCAAGAUGGGCAACAAAUGCAAGUAGUAACAGAGUUAAAAACGGAGCAAGAUCCCAACUGCUCUGAACCUGAUGUGGAAGGAGUGAGCCCCCCACCCGUGGGGUCCCAGACGCCAAUGGAUGCAGACAAGCAGGCCAUUUAUAGGCAUCCACUAUUUCCAUUAUUAGCUUUGUUGUUUGAAAAAUGUGAACAAUCUACACAGGGCUCAGAAGGCACAACUUCGGCCAGUUUUGAUGUAGAUAUUGAAAAUUUUGUAAGGAAGCAAGAGAAGGAAGGAAAACCCUUCUUUUGUGAAGAUCCAGAAACUGACAAUUUGAUGGUAAAAGCAAUCCAGGUUUUGCGUAUUCAUCUCCUUGAGCUGGAAAAGGUUAAUGAACUGUGCAAAGAUUUCUGCAGUCGAUACAUUGCUUGUCUAAAAACAAAAAUGAACAGUGAGACUCUUCUGAGCGGAGAACCUGGAAGCCCGUAUUCCCCCGUCCAGUCCCAGCAGAUUCAGAGUGCCAUCUCAGGCACUCUCAGCCCCCAAGGAAUCGUGGUUCCAGCAUCUGCGCUGCAGCAGGGGAACGUAACCAUGGCAACAGUGGCAGGUGGCGCGGUGUACCAGCCUGUCACAGUGGUCACUCCCCAAGGCCAGGUAGUGACACAAGCGUUGUCGCCCGGCACCAUCAGGAUCCAGAACUCCCAGCUUCAGUUACAGUUAAACCAAGACCUAAGCAUCUUGCAUCAAGAUGAUGGCUCUUCUAAGAAUAAAAGGGGCGUUCUGCCGAAGCACGCUACCAAUGUGAUGAGAUCUUGGCUCUUUCAGCACAUAGGGCAUCCCUACCCGACAGAAGAUGAGAAAAAACAGAUUGCUGCUCAGACGAAUUUGACACUACUCCAAGUCAACAACUGGUUCAUCAAUGCCAGAAGACGGAUUCUGCAGCCCAUGUUGGAUUCUAGCUGUUCAGAAACUCCAAAAACUAAGAAGAAAACUGCUCAGAACAGACCGGUCCAGAGGUUUUGGCCUGACUCCAUUGCCUCUGGAGCUGCACAGCCACCACCCAGCGAGCUGGCCAUGUCGGAAGGAGCUGUUGUGACGAUCACCACGCCCGUGAGCAUGAACGUGGACAGCCUCCAGUCUCUGUCCUCGGAUGGCGCCACCCUGGCAGUGCAACAGGUCAUGAUGGCAGAACAGAGCGAGGACGAGUCUGUGGACAGCACGGGGGACAGUGGGGCCACGCUCGCCCCCACCCACAUCAGUGGCCUCGUCCUGGAGAACAGCGACUCCCUGCAGUAGGGGGCCGUCUCGGCCCAGAACCGUGGGGGGGGGCUGGCCUGACUUUUUAUAGUUUGCACAGCAAACAUUUUACACAGUUUUAUUUCUAAUGUGUUUUCUAUGUAGAUAGAGAAGAGUGCACUUUUGUAUUUCAUAGUACGCUUCCAGAGCGUCUUUGCUGGUGCGGCGACUUCUUGCAAGUGCGCGUGUGCGUGUGUGUGUGGGUUUUUAAGGAAAUUCUUUAAAGGUUUAACGCUAAAAAUGUGAUGAAUGAAAACACCCCUGUGAGCCCCUAAUUAGAUUAAGGAAUAGUGCUGCCAUUUUCUAAAAAAUUAUGCAGUUUUCAUUUAGUUCCGUGGUUGGAGCAGGUCUCGGUGGGCUGAUUUGUUUGUGUGGCCCAUGGGUUUGAAAGAAGGUUCCGCAUCAUAAGUCGCCAGUGCGAGGCGGACGCCGCACAACGAGAGAGUGGGCGUGACUCCGUGCUGGGCCUGCAGCGGUCUGAAUACGCUUAGGUUCUCGCACAUUCCGUGAGCCUGUUUCAUUUGCUAUAGAUAAAAAGAAACUCCUAUUUUUACCUUGCUGGAAUUAUUGGAUAAAAAAGCUAUUUUUAUAAAUUCGUUAUGAAUUGGAUUACGACUAUAUUGAGGAUAAAAUUUCUAGAGAAGAAACAAUACUUGCUUACUAUUUCAAUUUGGAAUGUUCUGAACUGACCAAAUUUAGUGAACCUGCCCAAAGUUAGCUGCAUUCCAUGGUUCUCUGCCAUCCCAGGGUGGUGAUUUAUAUCUACUGCUAUGAAAGAAACAACUGUUGAAUGAAAUUUUGAUACCUGCAAAUUUCAGUUUAUAUGUAAAGGCUCAGAUUGCAUCGUAUACUCGAUCUGAGCAUAGAGCUAAAGGUGUUACUAAAUAGGACUAGGUAAGUCAGGUGAAGUGGUGGCCAGUCCUCGGUUAACACUCUUACCACCCGUAUUUCUGUCUGAUUUAAAUCUGACUCCAGUUAAAUGGUUACUCUGCCAGUUAGCUGUGUGGUGGUGUUGUUGUUUAUUUUAAAGAUUUUAUUUAUUCAUUUGACAGAGUGAGAGAGACAGCCAGCAAGAGAGCGAACACAAGCAGGGGGAGUGGGAGAGGAAGAAGCAGGCUCAUAGCGGAGGAGCCUGACGUGGGGCUCAAUCCCAGAACUCCAGGAUCACGCCCUGAGCCGAAGGCAGAUGCUUAACCAUUAAGCCACCCAGGCGCCCCAAGCUGUGUGUUGUUUUAGGAUGUUUCCGUCAGCCACAUGUUAGGCAUAGAAUGUUCAUUGUAAACUAAUAUAAAGUGUCCUCUACCCCACUGGGUCAGAGUGAGGGCCCGUAACCCACGCUCAGCUCUGUUAUGUAAUUAACAUCUCCCCGAAGUGGCACGGUGACCCGGACUGGGGUGACUGGGGUGACUGGGGUGACGGCGUGACGGCAGACUCUCCCGCCUUUGGUCCUGGUGUCCGUGUUUUCUCCUCGUCCGUUGUUGCUUUGGAAUUUCCAGAGCCCUCCCCCUCUGACUUGAUCACACGAGAUUUGGACUAACUGUGGACUUCCACUUCCUGGUGACAAGGCAAACCAAAACAGUAGACUGGGUUCUGUGUGUUAUCCCGUACGUGCAAGUGGGGCUCUUUCUCAGAGCGAAGACAAGCCACCUUGUCUCGUAAGCUCUCUACACGGGACGGCCACAGUUUGUGUUUCUAAAGGACAGUUUCACGUUGGGGAAAGUUGUCCGUUCUUGGGGUCGGCACUGGUAGGUGCCACAGACCAAGGGGACGCCGAGGGACAUCUUGUGCGGGGGCACAUUCAGUUCUGCAACUGAUCCCCCCCAGAAUUUAUUGAUUAAAGUUAAUCACAGAAGAGUAUCUCCUAGAUAACUUAGAAGGCAGUUAGAAAUACAUGGAAAUUUUUCUUAAAAUAUUUCAGGAGCUUUAGAAGAAAGACUUGACUAUCAACUCUUGGCGAGAGAAUCACAUUUUUAAGCAGCAGUUACAUUCCUUAUUUAUAAACGAUUUGUAAUAUUUUUAGUAAGUCUACCCAAGUUUAAAAGAUCAUUUUAACUUGACCUAAAGUCUGACAUUGUUGGACUUCUUGAAGCUAGGACCUGGGGAGGCCAGCCAGCCGGCUUCCUCCAUCCCCAGGUCCCCAGUCCCUCCCAGCCGCCCUGCUCCUUGGGUGAGUGCAGACAUUCUCCCAGUGGGGGCACCCGGGCUGGUCACUGUUUCCCUCCCCGCCCAGGGAUCGCAGGGACCGCAGGGAUCGUGCUCACCGAGCGAGCGGCAGCCUGUUAGUCGAGGGCUACACAGACCGCAUCCAUGAAGAGAGGGGGGCGCGCAGGGUCCCACCCCCUCCGGCCUGAGACUCGGCCUUCCGUGCCCAGUGACAGCAUGUGCUCGCUCCGGCUGGGGCCGGUGUUCUUAGGUUCUCAGCACUAGGGUGAGCCAUUCAGAGAGGCGCGUCCGGAGGCCUGGGCCCCUCAGACGCCCCCGGAAGCACAGCUGCUUGUACGCCGCUGCUCGUGACUUUCCACAAGGAGGAUGCUCCGGACCGUUCUGAGACCAGGUGAAGCAUGAGGUCCCUCCCGUGCCGCUGGUGGAGCAGGUAGCCGACGGGCUGCACCGCUUCCCGGGCCAGCGGCACCGAUGGCCACUGUGCGGCGUCCCGAGCGCAGCUAGACGGGGGGUGUAGGAUUUACCCUGCGUGCGGAGUGAGGUGGGCGCUGCCAGGCUGCGGGAGCCGCGCUGCCAGCACCCACACCGCACAGGGCCCGGCGUCGGACGGUCUGGUCCUUCCCUGGGGGAGUGAGCGUCAGGCAGACUCGAACGUCCCCGGACGGCGGGGAAAGGCCCGUGUCUGGCAGUUAGUGACAGAAAUAACUCCGCAAUCUGCCUUCGUUUUAGUUAUGUUUGGUCUAUGAACUGACAAUCUUUAAAAUGUGAAUACUGUAACAAUAUGUUUUCUUGGAUUGUUGUCUUUAAAAGGGAUUUUUGUGAAGCGAUUGAUUUAUCAAAGCAAAAAAAUUAAAAAUAGAAACAUGC